AUGAGGCGGUUCGUGCAGGUGUUGUACCUGGCUGCUGUUGCUGUUGCUGUCACGGCGAGGGGUCCCGUACCUCCGCCGCCGCGUCACCACGGCUACCAUAAAAUGAUGUCCAUGGCAAUGAACAACUACAUGGACGGCGUAUUAAGAGAAAUUGACGAAUGGAGCCCAUCGGACAAGAGAAAUAUCUGGGAACUCAGCGGCUUGUUCGAAGGAGACAUCAUGACCGAUGGUAGCAAUGAAGUUUCGAGAAACGCCCUGAGGGACUCUUCGGCCAAGUGGCCCGGAGGGGUUGUGCCUUACCACAUUAGUGACGAUUUUGAUGAAGAUGAGGUACAGACAAUAAUGGGUGCUAUGGAAGAAUUCCAUGAAAAUUCUUGUAUUCGCUUUAGGCCGUACAAAGAAGGAGACACGUCUUGGGUCUCGAUACAAGCCGACUCUCCUGGUUGCUGGUCAUAUGUUGGCCGAAGAGGUGGAGGUCAAGUGGUAAACCUAGGAAAAAGAUGUGUGCAGCAUGGCGUAGCUGCCCAUGAACUGCUUCACGCUCUUGGUUUCCACCACCAGCAAAGUGCUUCCGAUAGGGACAAAUACGUGACCAUUCAUUGGAAAAAUAUUAGGCGAGGUACGGAGAAAAAUUUCAAGAGGUAUAGUUCCGGGAGGAUUACAGAUUUUGAUGUCGGCUAUGAUUACGAUAGCGUUAUGCAUUAUAGCUCGCACGCGUUUUCCAAAAAUGGUUUCCCAACCAUAACGCCCAAAGAGGAAGGGGCUACAAUCGGCCAAAGGUCUCGACUUAGUGAUAAAGAUUUAGAGAAGCUUAGAAUUAUGUACGACUGCUCUUCAUCGCCUUCCACUGUUACAACAGAAAUACCUGAUUACGAUUUCUGGGGAUUUCAUUUUAGAUAAUUUUUUGUUUUUAAUUUUAUCCUCUUGUUAUCUAUUUAUAAUAUUUGUUUUGUUUGUGUGUAAAUUUCUGUCUUUG